UAACAAAACAGGGGAAAAAAAAAAGAAAAGCAACGCUCCCUAGUAUCUCUCUCUGUCUCUCUUGUACGCUAACACACACAUGUGAGCGGCCGGAUUUAGGGUUUUUGUGGGUCGAUCUGAGCAAAUUCAGAGAAAUGAAUAAGGGGAAGGAUAAGGUGGAAUUUCAAGUGUACAAUACAAUGACUAGGCAAAAGGAAGUGUUCAAACCAAAAGAAGCUGGAAAAGUCAAAAUGUAUGUGUGUGGUGUUACCAGUUACGAUUUCAGUCACAUCGGUCAUGCCCGUGCCUACGUCGCUUUCGACAUUCUCUACAGAUAUCUGAAAUACAUGGGAUAUGAUGUUGUGUAUGUGCGCAACUUCACUGAUGUAGACGACAAGAUAAUUAAGCGGGCUAAUGAGCUUGGAGAAGACCCAAAAGCUUUGAGUGGUCGAUACUGCCAAGAGUUUCUUAAAGACAUGGAUGAUCUCCAUUGCCUCCAACCAACUCAUCAGCCACGUGUUACUGAUCAUAUGGAGCAGAUUAAAGAAAUGAUAGCUAAGAUGUCUGCUUUCUUCUUAAUGCUUAUGUUCCUGAGCUGUCACCUGCAGAUAAUGGCUAAUGGCUGUGCAUACACAAUCGAUGGAGAUGUUUAUUUCUCUGUUGAUAGUUUUCCAGAGUAUGGUCGAUUAUCCGGACGAAAAUUAGAAGAUAAUCGAGCUGGAGAACGAGUUGGAGUUGAUUCAAGGAAGCAAAAUCCUGCUGACUUUGCCUUGUGGAAGGCUGCAAAGCCCGGUGAACCAAGUUGGGAGAGCCCCUGGGGUCCUGGGAGACCAGGUUGGCAUAUAGAAUGCAGUGCAAUGAGUGCGUACUAUCUGACACAUUCCUUUGAUAUACAUGGUGGUGGAAUGGACUUGACUUUUCCUCACCAUGAAAAUGAGAUCGCCCAGAGUUGCGCUGCUUGCCGGGAGAGUAAUAUUAGCUACUGGAUGCAUAAUGGUUUUGUGAACAUAGAUGACGAGAAAAUGUCGAAAUCAUUGGGGAACUUCUUCACUAUACGUGAGGUUACUCGAUUGUACCAUCCCCUUGCAUUGAGGUACUUCUUGUUGGGAAAUCACUACCGAUCUCCGGUUAAUUACUCAAUAUCACAGAUAGAAAUUGCUUCAGAAUCUGUGUUCUACAUUUAUCAGACCUCACAUGAUAGUGAAGAAGCCCUCUCAGUUUUCCAACAAGGAACUGAAACUGCAACAAAAGUAAGGGGGCGUGUUAGCCCUCAGGCCCAAGAAUGCAUCACGAAGCUGCGUAGUGAGUUGGAGACAAAACUCUCUGAUGACUUGCAUACACCCACAAUUUUAAAUGCUGCUCUUCAAGAAGCGCUUCGACUCAUGAAUAGUUAUUUGAACAUGCUGAAGAAAAAGCAGCAAAGGCAACAACAUUUAACUGCUUUUUUGUCCCUAACCGAGCUCCUGAAAGAGGUGAAGGCAAUAUUGGAUGUCCUUGGCUUGCUUUCCAGUUCAACAUGUGCUGAGGUUUUGCAGCAGUUUAAAGAGAGGGCAUUGAAAAGGGCUGAGUUGACAGAGGAAGAUGUUUUGCAUGCAAUAGAGGAAAGAACACUAGCAAGGAAAAACAAGGAGUUCUCUAGAAGUGAUCAGAUCAGAACUGAUUUGGUGGCAAAGGGUAUCGCUUUAAUGGAUAUAGGGACAGAAACAGUGUGGAGGCCUUGUGUAAGACCCGAACAAGAACAGCCUGCUGCACCAGCUCAAUCAAAUCAGUCUGCUGCAGCAGUGCGUGAACAGCCUGUUGCUCCAUCUCAACAAAUGCAGUCUGCUGCAGCACCGCAAACUGAACAGCUUGCGGUGCCACCUCAGUAGCCCUUCUCUGAUGACUCGAGUGGAAAUUCUUUUCCGGAGUAAUUUUCAUAUUUGUUUGAGAUCUUUAGCUUGUGAACCAGAGAGUUUAUAAAUGAGACAUACUUGAUACUGUUUAUAGCAUUGGGCAUGUAGCUAAGAUGAGCUGAAGAAUUAUUUUCGCGGUUCAUUCUCUUUACAAGAAGGGAGGAUGGCCCGAGGCUGAGUGUCCCUUUCUGUUACAUUUGACGGCCUUGCAGCCAGCUCAAGGAACUGACAUUUUUGCCUAGGGUUAAGCGGUCCGAUUGACAUGUAAGCUUUAGCAUGGAAGAACGGAGAUAUCAGUGCAGAUGUCUUUACUUGACCGAAGUGCUGCUAAUGAAUGAAAAUAGCGUAUUUUUUUCAAGGGAGAGACUAUAUAUUCGCACUAGCCUGUCAUUGUUGUACUGUUGUACUGAUAAAACUAUGAAUAUGGCAGAUAGCACCACCAGUAUUUGGAGAUAUUUCCAAAUAUCUUAUAUCAUUUCACUAUAGUGAUUGAAUAAAACUGGUGCCAAUAUGUGUUUUUAUUUUAGUUAUUGUGAAGAUGCAUUCCUUUUGGCU